CUAUCCCGGCUGCUGGCUCCCGGGGCCGUUCCGCGUCGGUCCCCGGGCAGAGCGUGCGCGGACGCUGGCCAGCUGAGUCCUCUCCGCCCGGCGUUGGAGGCGGCGUGCGGGCUUCGCCGCGGGGCGCGGGCCGGGAGCCGGGAUGCCAGAAGGACCAUCUGUGAGGAAGUUCCACCACUUGGUCUCCCCCUUUGUGGGGCAGCAGGUGGUCAAGACAGGGGGCAGUAGUCAGAAGCUGAACCCUGCCAGCUUUCAGUCCCUGUGGCUCCAAGACACCCAGGUCCAUGGAAAGAAAUUAUUCCUUAGAUUUGAUCCAGAUGAAGAACUCGGGUCCCUUGGCAACAUCUCACUGCCAGAGUCUGUAGAAGAAGGAGAGAGGAAGGAAGAGGCUCAGGACCAAAAGCAGGCCUCGGGGCCCAGCAGCCAGAAAAUCUCUCAGCAGUCCUCUCAGUCCCUGGAGCUUGUUGCUCCCAGUGGAGAGAGUGGUGUGGAGCAUUUGCGGGGAGACAUGCCUGCAGGAGGUGCUGAAAGGUGGCUGCAGGACUCGCUGAGCAGCAGCUUGAAAACUUGCUACAAGUAUCUCAAUCAGACCAGUCGCAGUUUUGCAGCUGUCAUUGAGGCGCUGGAUGGGGAAAUGCGCCAUGCGGUAUGCAUAUUUUAUCUGGUCCUCCGAGCUCUGGACACUCUUGAAGAUGACAUGACCAUCAGUGUAGAAAAAAAAGUUCCACUGCUACACAACUUUCAUUCUUACCUUUAUGAACCAGACUGGCGGUAUAUGGAGAGCAAGGAGAAGGAUCGACAAGUGCUAGAGGACUUCCCAACGAUCUCCCUUGAGUUUAGAAAUUUGGCUGAGAAAUAUCAAACAGUGAUUGUUGACAUUUGCCGGAAAAUGGGAUUUGGGAUGGCGGAGUUUUUGGAUAAACACGUAACAUCUGAACAGGAGUGGGACAAGUACUGUCACUAUGUCGCCGGGCUGGUGGGAAUUGGCCUUUCCCGUCUGUUCUCAGCCUCAGAGUUAGAAGACCCCUUAGUUGGUGAAGACAUAGAGUGUGCCAAUUCUAUGGGCCUGUUUCUGCAGAAAACAAACAUCAUUCGUGAUUAUCUGGAAGACCAGCGAGAAGGAAGAGAGUUUUGGCCUCAAGAGGUUUGGAGCAAAUAUGUUAAGAAGUUGGGCGAUUUUGCUAAGCCACAGAAUAUUGACUCGGCUGUGAAGUGCCUGAACGAACUUAUAACCAAUGCACUACACCACAUCCCAGAUGUCAUCACUUACCUUUCAAGACUUAGAAACCAAAGUGUGUUUAACUUCUGUGCUAUUCCACAGGUGAUGGCCAUUGCCACUCUGGCUGCCUGUUAUAAUAAUCAGCAGGUGUUCAAAGGCGUAGUGAAGAUCCGAAAAGGGCAAGCAGUAACUCUAAUGAUGGAUGCCACCAAUAUGCCGGCGGUCAAAGCUAUAAUCUACCAGUACAUGGAAGAGAUUUAUCAUAGAAUCCCCAGCUCAGACCCAUCUUCUGGCAAAACAAGGCAGAUCAUCUCCACUAUCAGGACACAGAAUCUUCCCAAUUGUCAGCUGAUCUCCCGAAGUCACUACUCCCCUAUUUACCUGUCAUUUGUCAUGCUCUUGGCUGCCCUGAGCUGGCAGUACCUGAGCACCCUGUCCCAGGUCACAGAAGACUAUGUUCAGACCGGAGAGCACUGACUGGGUACUCGUCUGGAAGCUCAAGGUCACCCUAAAAUGGAUUGGCCUUUUCUUCAAGAAAAAGGAUAUUGGUACCCCCUCUCCCCCCGUUUUUCCCUCCCUCUUUAAUCCCUGAAAGAACUCUGUGGACUUGGGACUUUUAGAAACUGUGACAUGCAGUCAAGAAGCUAAGAAUAAAAGGGAAGGCUACCUCACCCUUGGCAAGCAGGCCCUUGCGGGCGGUGCUCACGUCUGCGCUCCAUGGCUAACAGCAGAGGGCCGCUCACGGCAGGUCAGGGGACAUGGUGGCAUAUGGGGCUGCUGAGAGGUCUUAGUGUGAAUCCUGGCUAGAAUUCUAAUUAAAUGUAUUUAAUUUGAAGCAA